UCAGAUUUUCAUAUGACUGAACCUCACAAUUUUUUGUCUAUAAAAAUGGUCCAAUUCUCCUCUUUCUUUCACAUCCUAUGAUUCAACAUCAAAACACACAAAAGCAUUAGCGUACAUUUCUUAACAAUGGCUUCCAACAAGCUUAGUGCCCUAAUUAUAUUGUUUUCUCUCCUUGCUUAUUCAACAUUUUCACAUGCUUGUGGUUCAUGCAAACCAACUCCAUCACCUAAGCCUAAGCCAAAGCCAAAGCCUAGUCCUCCACCACCUUCAUCAACACCAUGUCCUCCAACACCUUCAACAACACCUCCUACUCCUUCAACAUCACAAAAAUGUCCUAGUGACACAUUAAAGCUAGGUGUUUGUGCUGAUGUUUUAGGACUUGUUAAUGUUAUUGUUGGAAGUCCUGCUUCAAGCAAGUGUUGUGCAUUGCUUCAAGGUUUGGUUGAUUUAGAUGCAGCAAUUUGCCUUUGUACUGCUAUUAAGGCUAAUGUUCUUGGUAUCAACUUGAAUGUUCCUAUCACACUCAGUCUCCUACUUAGUGCUUGUGAAAAAUCUGUUCCUUCAGGUUUCCAAUGUUCAUAGACUUUCAUGUCAAAGGUUCAAACCAUACUAAUACUUAUGUUACUAUCGUAAUAAGGUUAUUUCACUAUUGUUUUGAUUUGUAGUUAUUAAUGUUUAUGUGCAAGAUUGGAAUUAUAGUAAUUUUAAGCAAAUCACAACCGUGAUUUCGUGAUUUUGUUUAAGCUUUAAAGUAUAAAUUUCGUUAAAAUCACGGUGUGUUACUAUAAUUUUGCUAAAUUCAUCGUCAAUUUAAGCAUACAAAUUGUUGGUUCUUGUGUGGGAUAUGUGUUAUUUAAAUAAUGGGGUAAGCCUGUUUGCCUCAUUUAGCAACUUUGUUCUUUUAAUCUUAAUAAAUUUGGCGAACUUUCAUGUGAUGAUUGUGCUUGUCAUACUUAAAUUUGUGCAA